CGCAAAACAUAAAACACCAACAGUCACGAGCAAACGAGCGCUCCGAUUAACAAUGGCCGAUCAUAAUGAAAACUUCGCUCCAAAUCCGGCCCUGGGUGACGCAUCCGCGCACAGCAAGCAAUCGCAGCAGCCGUCAGCCAGCAUCGCCGGUACGAAGGAGGACCCAACACAGCCCACCGGAAGCGCCAGUGUCAGUUCCUUCUCGAGGGAUACGAAGCGAGAGGCCAGCUGGCCAUCGGUACUGUUUUACAUACAUCUCAACAUACUAGGCGUGUACGGAAUUUUUGUUUUAUUUUCUCACACCUCCGUGAUAACGUGUAUCUUCACAUUCUUGCUCACACUAUGCGGUAUCUUGGGCGUCACGGCCGGGGCCCACCGUCUAUGGGCGCAUAGGACGUACGAAGCCACACCACUGCUCCGCUUCACGUUGAUGAUCUUCCAAACACUGGCCGGACAGGGUUCCAUCUACGACUGGGUGCGCUUACACCGGCUACAUCACGAAAAGUACCGCACCGUCGACGAUCCUUACUACAGCGAUAAGGACUUCCUGCACGCGCAGGUGUUUGCCAACAUACGGAAGCUGAGCCCGAAGCAGGAGACGCUGCUGGCCAAGGUCGAUAUGAGCGACCUGGAGUCGGACCGGAUCGUCAUGUUUCAGCGGCGCUUUUACUGGCUGCUGUACCUGGUGCUAUUCGUGCUGCUGCCCAUCAACGCUCCACUCGAGUACUGGGGCGAUACCGUACAGGCCGCCAUCUUUGUGGCAUUCUCGUUGCGCUACCUGAUCGUCCUGAACGUAGCCUGGUUGAUCAACUCGUCGCACCUGGUCUGGGGUCUGGACAAGAGCCACAAGCAGUCCGACUCGAACAUGGUGUUCCUGGUGACGAAGAGCUACUGGCCGCAGUACCACUAUCUGCUUCCCUUCGACUACCAGAGCGGGGAGUUCGGGAACUACGGUGCUGGAUGUACCACUGCGUUCAUACGCAUCUGCGCUGCUACUGGGCAGGCGGCGAAGCUACAAACCAUGACCACCGAGGCCGUUAAGCGGGGACUCACGAUGGCGGUGGACAGUGGCAAACCGAUCGUUGAGUGUCUCAAACAGGCCGGCGCGGAGGAUAUGUGCAAUCUGACACGCGAACACUAUCUGCAAAAUGAGCGGCUUCACUAGCGGCGCAUCGGUCGUUCGGUCGAUAUGACCAUUUUAUCGCUGUAAGUGUCUUCAGCAGAUCCUCCCACCAGCUUCCAUAUGCGUUAUUGGACGAAGAGUAAUUUAUUGCGUGUUCACCCCAGCACAUUGGCUUACACCGUUGCCAUAGGACAAGGAGUUCAGGAGUCGGUCUGUUUUAUAUUGAUGUCCUGUUGAUGUACUUUCAUUGGCUGUGUGCAUCAGUCUCCAUACUUUAUUGUAGCUAAGCUUCAUCCGGCGCUACUUCUGCUGGCUUUCGCAUGCUUCCGAUUCGGAGGUAAAGAAUGCGACCGUGAUGGAUGGAUGGAUGGUAGACGAAGGAAUUAAACAUGCCAAGGACGGAGGACAAAUUUGGAAGUGGGGGACUCGAUUGUUAAAUAAAAUACAA